AUGCGUACGUUUACUAAUCUCACGCAUCAUUAUGCGCCAAUGGCACGCCUGGAAUCUGCCAUGUUAUUUUCACGGGAACAACAAGUCAAUCGACUGAAACGGCGGAAUAAACCUAAAAGUCGGAGGAUUGAGCAAUCACCAAGGGUAGUAUUUCGAAACAUCACCGCUGCGAAUAAAAUCCUCCACCCUGUUCAAGUGUUUCAUCGUCCUGGCGGGGAAGGGCCCUACAUUGUGGAACUCUACGUUGUAGUCGACGAAAAAUUUGCCAAUAGACCCGGAUACACGCGUCUUGGAAAUUACCAGACCUGGGUGAUUGGUGGUGCCGGGCCGGCCGCCACCGCCGAAAUUGUCGUUAUGCUGCAACUGAUUCUGUGCUUUGUUGUGAGCUCUUUCUCUCACGAUGUUGUACAGAUCGUAACUCGCGUCAACAGUAUCUUCCAGGCUGUAAAUGGAUUGUUUGCUCAAUUCAAUGUUCAGCUCAUCAUAGUGGGUCUAGAGAUUUGGGAAAAAAAUCGUGUGAAUCUUGAGGCAGAAGAGCACUUUUUGAAAACACUUGCCAGUUUCAAGCGUACAGAGGUGAAUGUUCGACACGACUGCUUGUUUGCCCUUCUCGGAGACACUGAUCAAGCUUCAAACACUCGUGGUCGGGCUAACCGGGAGGUCAUGUGCAAACACUCGUCGUGUGUCUCAUUCGUCCGUGAUUCCCAAUACAUGGAGGUAAACGAGACCGCUCGGACCGCGGCCCAUGAGUUGGGUCACAAUUUCGGCCUCCGACACGACACCGAGAAUUGCGAGUGUCAGGGCUGCAUCAUGGCUACCGGCGUUGAAUUUGGAACAGCCACAACGGAAUGGUCCCCCUGCUCUAUCCGCGAUAUGCCCAACUUGCUACACUACGGAAUGGGUGCGUGUCUCCACGACGUUCCAGUACAUUCACACACCAGCCUCUUACCACGACAAACUCGACUGCUCGAGGUCAAUGGACCUAGUGUUAUCCAUACCUACACCGCAAUGAACACUCGCCGAGGUACUCCGGAACUAUUUCAAUCAACCCCCACAUCUCUCAAGAGGUCUCUCUGUGGAAAUGGAAAACUGGAUCCUGGUGAGGAAUGUGACUGCGGAACUGCAGACACCUGUCCAAAGGAAGUGCAAGCGUGCUGCGAUGUGAAGACCUGUAGUCUGCUCGCCGGAGCGGAAUGUGCAACUGGGCCCUGCUGUGACAUCCAGUCAGCCUUUGGAGACCCAUCCCAUACCAUUUGCAAACUCAAACAGAGCGGAUCCGUGUGCCGUGAGGCGGGUAACUCUUGUGACCUUCCUGAGUACUGCGAUGGGGGGUCGGAGUGGUGCCCUGCUGAUGUAUUUAAAACUGACGGUGAAGUCUGCUACACAAAGGAGGGCUAUAAGUCUCACUGCAUCCGUGGUGGAUGCAAUGCGCCGGACGAGUGGUGCCGCGUGCUGUGGGGUCCCACGGGCACGGCGGCGGGGCCGGGCUGCGUCGCCUAUAAUAUGAUGCGGGAUGAUAACCACGCUGUCGACAAGGUUGCCAACUGUGGACGUCUAAGACCCAGAGGCGACGAGCGCUGGCGUGAAAUGGAUCAAUGGCCCUCCAAGGCCUGCAGUGAUUGGCAAUGUGGUCGGCUGUGGUGCACGCAUCGAAACGAGAAGGCGAUGCUGCUCGGUUGGCAGGAGCAGCAACCUCGUAUGGAGCCGCACUCCCAGAGAACAUGCGUGGCGUUGGUGUACGACCCUCCCGAUCCCCUACAGCACUCUGAAACCACCCCCGAGACGGGCUUCUUUGGUCCGGGUUGGGGCGACGCCGCUUCCGUCACUCAAGAUGCCGGUAUGACUCCUGAUGGAACGCCCUGCCAGCGAGGGGUGUGCAACAAUCUAGGGCACUGCCACUGCAAUAUCGGCUACGCUCCGCCAGACUGCACGGAGAGCGGAAACGGGGGCUCGGUCGACAGCGGACCCCCACCGCCAUCGUGGCACGAAUAUGGCUUCAUAUUCGCCAUAUGCUUCAUCGUAUUCGUUCUAUGCCCAGCAUUCCUGCUGUGCAUGUAUUGCUUGCUAUGCCGAUGCCGAAAACGAAGGCUCAUUUUCCCUAAAUCUGGGCCCCUACCACCACCUUCCUCCUAUGGAGAACGGUUCGACUGGGGCGGGUUCUUCAAUUCUAUAUGGCAAUGCUGUCGUGAAUGCAAGCCGUACUUUGAUAACGAUCCUCCGAUAAUCGUCGCGUUUGGACCACCGGAUUCCAAGGAUUUGAUCAAGGUUGGUCACAUUUUCACGACAAGUGGAAACUCCUCGCUGCGAAAUGGUCAUUCUAGGAAGGCGACCACAGCGAAGUUAAACGGCAACGCCUUACACGCGGUCGCGUACCCAGUGGCAACAAAUGAGCCACAUGGUUUCUCACCUGAGACCUUUCGUCGAGAGCUCAUGCAGGAGUUCAGUAAGGGUAGUAAGAAGCCAGGCUUUUUAAGAGAUCUUGAGACUGCAUGGGAAGCGGCAGAGCGCGAGACGGGUACAUCAAAGAACUCGUCUCUGGGUUCGUUGACAUCCGGGUCCGGAUCAGGCGGUGUACGUGUGGAAAUCUCGUCGCCACGCUUGGAAAACACCACUUUCAAGGGCGAGACGCGUUCAUUGGCUUUGGCCGCCCGGAUCCAACAGCAGCAGCGCACCGCCCGCCGUCUGAGACUGGCGGACCCAUCCAUUUCAAAAACAACCGUCCAGGGCUCGCAUCACCCCAUCUCAUCCAUCGGUGGCAUAUCAGCUCGGACUAAGCAAUACCCCACCACCCCCAGCGGACCAGCCAAGCCUGAUAUAUCUGCGCCCACACUUCAGACCUCAACGUACAAGCAUGAUCUAGUGGAGCUUCCUGAAGCUUACUCCACCCUAAAGAAUCCAAAAAAAGGUUAA